AUGGUACGAAAAAAAGAUAAAAUUUGGGGGCAUGUUGAGGAGCUCCAAAGGAAUAAAUGGAAAUGUAAAUUUUGUCAAAAAAUAUUUAGUGGUGGGGCUUACAGAAUUAAAGCACACUUGUUGGGAAUUACUGGCCAUGAUGUUGAGAUUUGUAGUAAAGUCAAUCAUGAGACACAAGCAUAUGCAUUCUUUGCUAUGUCUGAAAGUGGAAGUAACAAAAAAUUAAAAAGUUCAGCCGGUUCUACUACUGCUUUAAACUCUAAUGAUCAUGAGGAGGAAACAGAUUCACCAUUUUCACCACUUUCUAAGGGUAGCCUAAGACGUCAAAGUCAAGCAUCUUUACUAGAAAUGAACAAGAAAAAAGACAAGGAAUUUGUUGAUAAAAUGCUUGCUAAGUGUUUUGUGGUGAACAAUAUCGCUUUUAAUGCUGUUCAAACUGGUGCUUUUGGAGAAUUUGUUAAGACAGUGGUUGAAUAUGGUGCAGCAUACCAGCUUCCAUCUUAUUCAACUCUUCGAACUAAGUUAAUUCCAGAAUCUAGAAAAGGUGUUGAUGAGUAUGCUGCUAUGCUGAAGCGUUCUUGGGAUACAUCUGGAUCUGGUUGCACUAUAAUGUCUGAUAUAUGGACUGAUAUAAGAAAAACUGGGAUUUAUCUGAAAGAAAUUGUUGUUUCUGCGAUUGAAUCAAUUGGACAAGAACAUGCUGUACAAUUCAUAAAUAAUAAUGGUAGCAAUUUAACAUCUGCUAGUGACAUGCUCAUUGGAUUGUAUCCUCAAAUGUAUAAGACGAGGUGUGAUGCUCAUGGAAUUCAGCUUCUUUUGAAAGACAUAUAUGAAGAAGUUAAUUGGGUAAAAGUUGCCACAGAUGAAGCAAGAAUAAUAGUUAUGUUCAUGACACGGUACAUAGUUCUUCAUGCAGCAAUGAAAGAGUUCACCAAAGAUAGACAAUUGAGACAACCUUAUGCCACAAGAUUUGCUUCAAAUUUUUUAAUGCUUCAAUCUGUGUCGGAUUUGGAGAAUGAACUUCAACUCUUUGUUGCUUCAUCUGAAUGGAAGGGUUUUGAUUAUUGUAAGACCGAAUCAAGUAAAAGGGUUACUAAAAUUGUUCAGAGUGAUUUUUGGGCUAGAGGAAGGGAGGUUAUAAAAACUAUUGAGCCAUUGGUUCGAGUUCGAGUUUGGUUAAUGGUGAUGGAUCUACUGCUAGUUACUUAUAUGAAGCAAUGA